GCACGAUAGACGGACGCGCUUUCUCUCCACCGUUUAUAUUCUUCCCCAGAACCGGCGACAUUUUUCUCCCCUUCCAGAAGUACACAGCGCACACCACCACACCUCGAGAUCUCUCGAAAUUCGUUCGUCCAUGGCGAUGCAACAGACCAGGGACCCCACCGCCAAGCUCCCUUCCGCCUUCCCCGUCGCCGGCGCCAGCCCUCCUCCCCUAUACCACCACCACCACUACGGCACCUUCUCCCCUCCUCCGCCGCCGCCCGCCGCUGCAGCCGCCUACGACCCCUCCCUGAAAGGACGCGCUGCUCAGGGCGUUGUUGCUUUCCCGUGCACCAUCCAGCAGCAGGUCUUGGUGGAGGGCCUCCCAGUCCGGGAGCCGCGGCUGCCGUUCUGCGGCGUCGGCGUCGGCUGGGCUUUGUUCUUACUAGGGUUCUUCUUGGCUGCAAUUCCCUGGUAUAUUGGUGCUUUUCUUCUAUUCUUUGUUGCUUUGGAUCACCGGGAGAAGCCUGGAUUGAUUGCCUGCACAGUUGCUGGCAUUUUUGCAGUAGUCCCUUUCAUGCUCAAUGGCGUAAGAAUGCGUCCGUUCUUUUUUUGAGAACGAAUGCGUCCUUUCUGGUGACGCUGGAGCCUGGAAGUCAUCAAUCCAGAUUCUUAAUGGCCUUAUUCUGUCAUGCUGGAAGUCGGCAAUCCAAAUCCACAUGUUCCUCGCCAUAUUUGUCAUGUCUAUAGUUGUACCAUACGGUUCAUCCAUGUGAAUAACACAAUCGAUUAUCCUAUAUCAUUCACAGGGGCGUAUAUAUGUGAUCUGUGUGUUGAAUUGUUAGUCCGGCAAUUUAUUUUCUGGGAUAUAGUAGUAUGUUGUAACUGUGGUAGCAAGAUUGUUUGUUUUGAAGAGUGAUUUUUUAUUGUGAAACACAUUUUUAAUAGAAAUUUGUACACCCUCCCCUCACAAAAA